AUGACGAGAAAGGCAGUCCUCGCAGCGGCGCUCGCCAGCUUUGCGGCCACCGCCCCCGGCCUGAAGGGACCGAUCGACUAUACCGAUCUGCAUCCGAUAGUUGCUCCCACGGUAUCCCCAACCGUUACCAAAACAGAUCCGUGGCGAUGCGCAACCGAGGACCCGAUGACUUAUCUCUCUAUGCCAGUGCCGACCGGCGAGCUGCAGGAUGCGCACGUCUCCUUUGGCUCCAGUCUGAUCGAGACGUGCCUGACAUCGGGGACGUACGACUACCCUUGCGCCUUCCCCGAUAAGUCGCGAUGGUGCGGCUUCACCACGGCCAUGCCGACUUCGCUCCUCCUGGCGUACACGGCGUACGCCCGGGACGCGUCCUCGUGGUGGGUGGCCAACAGUGCCAGCAUUAUCCGCAUCGCCGAGGAGUGCCCCAUUAUGUGGUACCAGGCCUCUAACUUCGGGGUCUUGGGUGGCGCCCUCUAUCUGAACCACACGCUCAUCAACGCCCAAUGCUAUGCCGAAGCCAACACGACCCUCGCGGAGUCAGCACCGGGACCAACCGCCACGCCGGGACAGGGCGCGACAGAGACCGAUCCAACCAGCACCUCAGGCGCCCAGCCAGCCCAAACCAGCAGCUUCCCCAACUCCGGCCGUAUGCUUCUAGCUGUGCCCAACACUAUGCUCCCCGUACUCGCCAUGCUCCUCGCAAACGCUGCAACGCCGGCACCCAACACCGACGGUGAGCCCGAGAGCUGCAUGGGCCUCUGCAACUUCGCCUGCGGCCUCGGGCACUUCCCGGCAACCCGCCGCUUACCAACGGGCGUGACGGCUGCCCGCUGGUUGUCGGCGGCGGGGCGGUUGUGGGUUUAUGCAGUUUUGCGUGCAAUCAUGGGUAUUGUCCUGAGGAGGUUUAUCUAUGUCAAGGUUCUCAGGUUCUUCGCCCAAAUGGCAUCCGCUCCAAUUCACUACUAG